UAGAAUCUGUCAAGCCUUAAUAAUAAGCUUCUGUUGAUUUAUAUGAAUUAAAUUGCAUUUAAUUAAUCGUUAAGUUUAGUAAGAGCAGUGUAUAAAAAUCAAUCCGCUUAUUGAAUUAUAGUUUUUUUUUCUUCCUAAUAAAUAACGUCAUUUUAUUGUUAAUGAAGUAUAUUAGGGUGUGAAAUUUGUGUGGAUAUAGAAGAAUUAAAGAGUCCAAUAUCAACAGUCGUCAAUGCGAAGCGGUGCGUUAGUUGCAAUGGAGGCGGAGCCCGACCUCAGUACUUUCGAGAACAAAUCAGGACUUGCUGAGGAUAUGAAGUUCCUUGCAUCAAUGCCUGAACUCUGUGACGUCACAUUUCUUGUAGGUGACACAAGAGAACCGGUAUGCGCUGUCAAAGCUGUUCUGGCAGCUAGAAGCAGAGUAUUUCAAAAAAUGCUAUAUCAAGCACCAAGCCCACAAAGAAAGAAGGAACAGGCACCACGGGAAAACAAACUUCGGCUGUUUUUGAAACGAUCAUCAGAGCCUCUCUUGAAUCUUCAGAAUGCUGCCCAACAGAGAUCGACUUUCGCGCAGCAAUUGGCUCCAAUACAAGAGCCUUCGUCACAACAGCAUCAGACGUUAAUCAUUGAAGAAUUUGAGCCCGACGUAUUUCGUCAGCUGAUUGAAUAUAUUCACACUGGUUGCGUCACUUUACAACCAAGAACGCUUCUGGGUGUAAUGAAUGCUGCUGAUUACUAUGGAUUAGAUGAGCUUAGACGAGCUUGCGCUGGUUUCGUUCAAUGUUGCAUAACCGUGGAUACAGUUUGCGCCUUGCUAGCCUCCGCUGAGAGGUACAUUCAAUACAAGUGUACCAAAUCAUUGGUUCAGAAGGUUUUGGAGUUUGUAGACGAACAUGGUAAUGAUGUUUUGAAUUUGGGUUCAUUCACUUUACUGCCUCAACAUGUUGUCAGGUUAAUAUUAGCAAGAGAUGAGCUCCGAGCAGAUGAAUUUACUAAAUUUCAGGCGGCGUUGAUGUGGAGCAAGAAAUGCUGUGAUACAAAUCAGAAUAUGUCCUUGAAAGACGUGAUCGGAAAUUUUCUGGAAUAUAUCCAGUUUCAUAAGAUUCCAGCGAAUGUCUUGAUGAGGGAGGUCCAUCCUCUUGGUUUAGUACCAUAUUCCAUCAUCAUGAACGCUUUGGCUUAUCAGGCAGACCCGGCCAGCGUAGAUCCAGGCAAGCUAUCACCGGCGCGAAUCCGGCGCGCCGGCCGCUCUAUGUCAGUGCAGUCCUCGCUUGACCCCUAUGGCUCCAACACCACCCUAUCCUCGACCGGAUCGAGCGAUGGACCGUCAUCUGACUCUCGGCACAACUAACGCGAGGGGAACGUCCCCCGUCCCGCGCC